AUCCGAUAUUGCAGUUGGGUGAGGUCCUAUAGCCCCAUCUGUCUGUCCUUCUUCUCCUUCUCCUCCGCCUCUCUCUCUCUCUCUCAGGUCCUCCUCCAUUCCCCUCCCCGCUCUCUACAAUAUGUCUGGCUCCAUAUUAAGAGCCUCUAUUAGAGCUGUCAGUGCCAAGAGAAGGCUGGUCCCCACCAGAGCAGCGCUUACUUUGACUCCCUUAGCUGUUAAUAAAAUUAAACAGCUGCUUCAGGAAAAGCCUGAAUAUAUUGGAUUGAAGAUUGGAGUUCGAACUAGAGGAUGCAAUGGUCUGUCCUAUACUUUAGAAUACACAAAAGAGAAAAGAGAAUCAGAUGAAGAAGUAAUCCAGGAUGUACUGCACCUCAUUUCCAGCAAAUUACCCACAGGUGUGGAUCUACAGAACAGAUGGGAAUCUGUUCAAUCUAUGCAACCUUUAAUCCAAAACAAACCACUUCAAUCUCAGUCAUGGAACUUCAGUAUGUAAAUUAGGCUUGUGUGCGCACUCACUCAAAACUGAGAACCAGGUCAUCAUCAACUCCUUCUAUGAAGCUUAUGAGAAAAUGGACCUUUCACUUGACACCUGGCAAACUAAGGUUCUCUUCCAACUAGCUACCACAGCAAAACAUCUCCCAUCGACAAGAUCAAGGGCUAGAUCCUGGAAAACAUGAAUCAUAUUUCGUAUCUUGCAAGUUCCUCUCGAAGAAGACAGAUAUAACUAUGAUAUUCAUCUUUGCCUCCAGAAAGCCAGUUCAGCCUGCAGCCAACUGAGGAAAAGGGCAUUUGAGGACCAGGAUCUCAAACCUGGGACUAAAGUCAUGGUUUACCAUUCAGCAGUGAUCCCCAUGCUCCUAUAUGCUUCGGAGACUUGAAUAAUAUACACCAAGCACCUCAAAGCUCCAGAGAAUUACCACUAGCAAUGCCUUCACAAGAUUCUCCAAAUCUGGUAGCAAGAAAGAUGGUUAAACAGCAGCGUCGUCUCCCAAUCCAACUUAUACAGCAUCAAGGAUAUGCCGCUCGUAUGUCUGACACCAGGCUCCUGAAGCAACUGCUCAGUUGCGGCAGGAGAUUCCCAGGAGGGCAUUGGCAAUGCUUUAUGGAUGUCUUCAAAGCAUCCCUGAAGAAGUCAAAAACUCAGGGGAGAUCCUGGCUUGUGACCAAAAUGGGGAAGGCACCACAAUCCUCCAAACAAUCUAUCUACCCAAUCCUUCAUGCACCACCUGCCCCACAGGUGGCAAGCCUGCAGAUCACACAUCAGCCAUCUGAGUCCAUUGAACUGUCAUGGAAGCAAGUCAUCCUCGAUACUGAUGGGCUGCCUAAGAAGAUUGUAAUGCAUGUACCUUCAUGAAGCCCAUUUCUUGUUAAUUCCCAGGCUCGCUCUGCAUUGUGCCAUGGCAUGGAAUUGCAGCUAUAUGCAGAUAUCUAUUAAUUUACAUAUGAAUUAGUUAAACACUGCAUGAUGAAAUCAAUAUUUAAAAUCUUCACAAUAAUAUUGCAUCUGCUAAAUCAUAGAAAUGUAUAAUUUUCUUAUACUUGAGAACGCUCAAUGAAAUGAAAUAUGGUCUAAAUGAAAUUAACAUUUAACAUUUGAAUUUGUUUAUUCCAACUGACUUGAACACAGAUGGCAGUAGUUAGAUCAACCUAUAAAACAUUUUGUUAUUAUGAAUUCAGCGUUUGCCAGAUACUUUGCUUAUUUGCAGCUUAAAGGAUUGCUUAGGCAGCCAAGCUCAUUCUUAGUGAACCAAAAUUUAACCUAUGCAUGAAGUAAUCUGGGAGUGAGUAUGCCCCAAAUUAACAAAUUUAUGUUAAUUAUUUACUUUGGAACAAUAACUCUGACUUCCAUGAUUGACAUCAGAGUACUGACUGAUUAUAUAUCUUGAGCUAUAAAUAUAAAUCGGACUUCCAGAGAACUUGAGUGGAAGUAAAAGCUUAACAACAUUAGAUUGAGUCAACAUGAUUAAUCUAUUUUAUGAAACUUGUUAUUAAAUAAUAAAACAGCUCUCAAGUUUUCUUGCAUAUUGGAAUUAUCAAUUUGAACGAAUGUGAUGGAGAAAACUUCAUAUAUAAACUCGGAUAUUCAUGCCA